CUCACUUAGCUGUGGUUUCAUGAGUUCAUUGUAAAGCGGAAGGAGCUGUGGCUCUUGUCUCAGAAGCCUUGGACGGUUCAAGCCACAGGAAAGCGUACCAGCUCUGGCAUGGAGAUGGGGACAUCUUGGCGUGUGUGGCUCAUGCUCCUCCUUUUCUACAAAGCCGGGUCCGGCAGAGCAGAGGCAGGUGCGAUGGAGCUGAGCCGGAUUCUGGGGGACUCCAUCACCUUCCUCCUGGAGAUCCCAGCAGAGCAAGUUAGAACUGUUGCCUGGACAGUAAACGCAACGAGGAGUAUAGUAACUGUAACAGCAGGAACCCCCCCCAAUGUCAUUGUGUUAGACCCAUCCUACGAGGGACGCCUGAGAGUCCCCGAGAACAACUCGCUUCAAAUCACCAGCCUGAGGAUGAAGGACACGGGCACCUACGGAGCUCAAAUCACCACAGCUUCAGGCCUCAGCAACAGACACUUCCUGCUGCACGUGUACAAGCAAGUACCGGAGCCAACUGUCCUCUGUGACUCAGUGACCUGUGUGAAUGAAACCUGUAACUACAACCUGCACUGCACCGUCAGGGAUGGAGGGGACAAUGUGACCUACAGCUGGACUCACACAGCAGGGGGCGCUGUUGUACCCAAUGGGUCCAUUCUGCACAUCUCUCUCAGCCCCCGUGAUGCUCACCUGAAUGCCACCUGCACAGCCCAGAACCCCGUCAGUAACAGCUCCACAACUGCCUCUGCAAAGGGCCUUUGUGCAGCACCCACAACAACCACCACCACUGGAAACUCACCUCAGUUCCAAUCUGCCAGUAUGGCUGGAAUUGCAGUUCCAAUUGUUAUUGUCAUUGUCGUCGUUGUCGUCAUUGCUCUGUGCUACGUGCACCGGCAAAAACACAAAAAAGCCUUGCAGAAGUACACUCCAGGACCUGCUGGUGGCGAAGAGGCUGAUGCAGAAAAAAACACGGUUUACGCCCAAGUCGGUAAUUUGCCACUGCCUUACAGUAGAACAGGGACUCCGAAAGGGGGGCUGGAGACCAAGGAGGACGAGACAAAAACGAUCUAUGCCACGGUCCAGAACCCAAACCAGUCGCCUCCGCAAACGGAUGAUGAGAAGCUGGGCAAGGAUGGCCUGGAGUCCAUGAAGAAGGGCGAGAAAACCAUUUAUGCCACAGUCAACCAGCCAACCCAGACAAAGACCACCAAGUCCACAGAUGCUGAUGAAUCUGCGGCCACUCCAAAACCCCAAAGGACGACAGAAUAUGACAAGAUCAUCUAAUAGCUUGUCAAGGCAACACAAACAUGCGGCGAGAAACAAGGGAUAAUUCAGUACCCCAGCAUCAGACACCCAAACAGCAGAGGAUCAAUGCAUAUGAUUUGUACAGCACCUUGCACAAUAGGGUCCCAGUCCCUGACUGGGCUCCCAUCUGCUACUGCAAUUGUAAUGUGGACAGACCCUGGUCCUUGGCGGGCAGGCUGUCAGCACAAACUCUUCCUACACAAGGAGCUGAUUUGUGCAACUGCUCAACAAAGAGGUGUUUUCCCCAGAUAUGCACUAUGGUCUUGGAUUCAGCCCCUGGCCCUCGUGCCAUGGGAAUCCCACCAGUCUUACUCCACUGACUAUGGCUAUAACAUUUAAGAAGACGGGAGCCUCUCUCCAGAUCCACCCAUGAUAGCAGAAAACUACCACAAUUGCCUUGUUAGAGGCUAUUGCGAUGUCUGGCUGCUCCAGGAUCAGAGCCGGUUGAAGAAUCUGUUGCAAAUUAUAUUUGUUGGGAAUCUUAGUAUAUUUUCCCAUCAAACAAUGAUCUUAAGUUCUUCCCACUCUUCUAUCAUCAUGUGGUUGGACACACUUCAUCACGUGAUAGUUUGGUCAAUCUGCUAAUUGUUUAUUUACAAGUACAUCUGCCCCACUAUUGGAGCGGCCCAAUGCAAGAUACUGCUACUCCAGUAAUGCAAAUGGCAAAGGUCUCUCUGAAGCCAGGCCAACGAGCAGGGCCCGGGAGCAGGGGCAGGUUGUGAUUUGGACAGUGAUGGAGAGAUUCCAGCUGCAAGGGUUAUUAGCUGUCGGUAGACACUGGAAGUCCCCACUUACCCUGCACCCUUCCCAAAAGUCAGCUCAAGGCCUCCUUACACUGGUGCAGUCGCAGCUCGUUGGGAAGCAGGUCAGUCCACUGGUCUGUUGAUAGCCAAUGGCUAGGGGUGCAGCUUUGUCACGGAGGUAAAAAUGUGAUUUUUCCAUGGCUUUCUUCGCAUCUGGGACUUCAUAGGCUGAGGGGACCAUCCAAGCCAGGGCCCAGCCACUUUUACCACCACAGUUCAGGGCAGAUGAUCUGGCGGUACCAUGGCCAAGAAGGGGGCAAGGCUGGGUGUCACAGGGAGAGGGCCAUGUCCACAGGCAAGAGCAAGGAGCCAGGCCAGCCCCAUGGGACAGGAGCCGCCAUUAUAAGGUCAGUACCAGGUGGGCUUGCUCUGCAACACCCCCCCUCACCUCCACCAGGCCUCCCACCCCCAGGGGCAAGACCUAACCUCUCCCAUCAUGUCACACCCUCCCACUUCAAGUGGCUUUACAACCACUGCCUCCUGAAGCCAUGACUUCAACUAAAUUUACCAGGACUGCUCACUGAUUGGAUUAAAAAAAUGCUGUGACAAAUCUGCAGCCUUACCAAUACCCUAAUGCCAGGCUCUUGCACACCGGAUGGGGCGAAGAAGAGAGAGAGUGGAAUUUGAGGAGCCAUUCUCCAGGCACAUCAGAGCAAGACAUCCGCAAGAGAAUCCACAGAAUCCGUGGGUCUGUCGGAUUAACCAGGAAGUAAAGGACACAAUUAAGAAAGAGAAGACGGUUGCGGAGAAGUUACAAUUUCUUUGCCUCAGAGGAUGUCAAGGAGAUCCCAACCCUGAGCUGCCGUCUCAGGUCAAGGACCAAGGUGUUGAAAGAGGAGCUGCUGGAACAAACUGAUAUAGAGCAAAAUACCAGGAGGCCUCGGCGACAUCACCCAAGAAAUUUGAACACAGGAACAAAAUGACUGAGCUGCUUACAAAACUCUGCAAUCUCUCCUUGCAAUCAGCUGCUAUCCUGGGGGCUGCAGUGGGUGCCCAGACUCUCACACAGCCUUGCCCCUGGUACCCACUCCUACACCAGGGCUUGCAACGGAGUCCCGGGUCUCCAACAGUGCCUGUGUCAGAGGAAUCAUCUCCCAGCUAAAACCAGUGUGUUUAGAGCCUCUUUACACAGCCCUGGCCUUCUACCUGCAGGACAGGGGCUGGUCAGGGAUGAGAAUCUCAUCCUUGGACAUUGUUUUAGAAAGGCAGCUAGCAAGAGGAGACGUGACGGGGGUAAGCAGAAUAACGAAUGGAAAAGAGAAGGUAGAUCAGGCAUUUCUAUCCACCCUCCCUCAUAACACACGAACAAGGGGCGAGUCAAUGCAAAUGAAAAACAGCACAUUUAAAACCAGUAAGAGGAAAUACUGUCCCCCCCCCCUCCCCACACAGUGCAUAACUAACCUGAUCGAACUCACUGCCCCAAGGUAUCAGCAAAGCCAAGGGCUGAGCAGGAUUCUCGAGAGGCCUGGACGUUCUCAUUCUCCACAGUCACAGCAGAAAGGACAAAACACAUUCAGAAGGAAUACACGCCCUCCUGACAUGGAUCAAACUCUGACUGACGGGGGUCAGGAAGAAACUUGCCUAGUGACUAGGUUACUUCAAUAGCUGCCCAUUAAUGGGUGACGUGCACCUUGCU